GUUACCGCCAUGCAUAAUGGCCCAUCUACAUCUUAUAUUGGUUUUAGUUACAGUGGCCAUGGUUGAUGGUAAAUCAGCGUAUGCUUGCUAUGGUCGCAUUGGUUCACCGUGUACGAAUACUACGUUAACUUGUAAAGAUGGUCAAGCGAUUGCUAUGGAAGGGAUAAGCGAUAAAAAUAAAAUUACAAUUGGACCUUCCGACAAACAAUGUAAAAGUGAAACAGAAUGUAGUAAUGAUGAGUGCUGUCGACUAUCACCAAACGGUGAACCAAUUGUACCCCGAGAUGACGAUCGCCUUCCAGUUUAUGGCCAAUGUGCAAAUCAACAAUCGUGUACCGUUACCGCUUCGUAUCCAUAUAUACCGAGUAAUUCUGGUUAUAUACAGUAUGUUUACUUCUGUAUAGACGAUCCACAGAAACAAUCCAUUCAUAUUAAGAAUGAUAUUGACAUGGGUAUUAACAAAGAUAUGUUCAUCUAUCUUAAUGGUACACCUGACUCACGGAAACAGUCACCAAGAUGUUGUCAAUUCACCAGUUCUGAACCAAUAACUAUCAUUACCUAUUACGUCAACCUUCAUGUGGAAUCCUGUACAAGUAUUAAGAUUGGGAAUGGAACUCUAUUCAAUUGUAGUGGAGAUCGAGCCAUUGUGUUGAAAAAGAAAUUGGGCUUGGAAGAUAAACGAAUUGAUAUCGAUAAUCUCUCAGUUCAACCACGUGACAUUAUUUGGAUAAAACUGAAAUACGCUCCUGGUUCCCAGUUUAAUAUAUCAUGUCGAUCUUGUAUUCCAGCUGAAACAACUUCAACAGUGGCUACAAAUGAUGAUAAAUCACCGCAUGCACGUCCAUCUUCUACCAGUACAGCUUGUAAAAAAGUGGCUACAAAUGAUGAUAAAUCACCGCAUGCACGUCCAUCUUCUACCAGUACAGCUUGUAAAAAAGGUGGACACGGUUUCCGAAUUGCAACAAUUGUUUUAUCGUGUGUGUGCUCCUUACAGUUGCUGUUGAUAAUAAUAAUAAUAAUAAUAUCCGUUCGUUUACAUAGGAAAGGGGAAGAAAUAAAGGAUGAAAAUCAAUUAAAAAGCCUCGUUAGGGGCACCCCAGGCGUCUAAAGUUAGACAAGUAGGACGUUAAACUCCAUUUCAUCAAUUAUUUACCAUGAAUCUUUUUUUUUAUUGGUUAAAUAACCAUUGUAAAUAUUUCCCAUUAACAUUUCACGUAGGAGUUAAACGAUGCCUUUUUACCCACGUUAUAUCAUCUAUGGGGGAAUUGAGUCUUUAUUUUUUUAACAGAUCUAGUAAAUACUUGAUUAUUACAACUCUAUAGUCAGUUAACGUUAUUACUAUUACUUUUACUGAGAAUACGUACCUUGUUUAUGAUCGAUUCUUUUUCUCGUGCAAUUAUUUUACAAGUAUAUUUGAUUUGAUUUUGUUUAAUACUCAUUUUAGUCUUCUAUUAUAUUACAUGUAUAAUUUUGUAGUUUAAGGGGGGGUGGGGGCUUAAUAAGCCAAACUUCUCACUUUAAAAUGAAAUUGCGUUUCAAAUGAUUAUGUUUUUUUUAUAAAUACAAGAAAUUGCAUUUCAAAUGAUUUUGUUUAUAAAUAUGGAGCCACGGUGGCGUGCACGUAAAAGAACCCUCGACAAUUGAAAUUCGAAAUAAGAGUAGACCGUACCUCUGCUGUCCCGGCAACAUUUCCCGCAAAGCACACUGUAUGGCGUAUCCGUCUUCAUUAGAACAGUAGGAGCAGAACAGUUGGACGUUAAACCCCAUUUCAUUUCAUUUCAAUUUUCUAUAGAAAGGAUUGAAAUUCAAACCCACACCUAAAGCUAUUGUACACACCAAUGUUUACGCGGAACCCUGGUUUUUCUUCCCAUCCGAACUAAAACAAGUCGUUCCUUCCCACCUUUCUAUAUGAGGUUUAUCUCAUAAUGAAUAGAAAAUCGAAUAAUUAGUUGAUUAUAUUUCAUUGAAUGUUUUACAUGCUUUAUUACAUUUUCUAAUUUAUUUUUCGGUCAUCAGAGAUUAUUUUUAACACGCAGGUACAUAAUUUCUUUAUUUACACCACAUCUUUAUCACCUGCCAUAUUGAAUCUCUUAUUGUAAUUGAAAGGACCACACCUUGUCCAUGUUUACGUCACUAUUUAGUCAACCAACUUUUUACUGCGUCUGGACUAGUUAAAGUAUGAUUUGCCUUUUUGUCUGAAAUAUUCUUCGUUCAGAGAGAAAGAGGGAGAAAUGGGGUUUAACGUCCACUCGACACAGACUAGGUCAUUUCGGGACUAACAUAUGGUUAAAUUUUAUUUCAAUAAAUAUUCGCUUGCGCGUAGCUGUCUUUAGCAGUGGGAGGAUUCCCUACUCCUUGUCACGUACAACCGGGGAUUCGAAACCACGUCAGAGUUAACCCAAUGACAUGCCUCAUGAUACAGCGCGCACGUGCUAACCAUUCGGCAAAUCCAACCAUACUUUCUUUCUUCGUUCAGUGUGUAUAAAUAUUAUUUUUACUAUACAAGAAAUAGAACAGGAAUGUAUUCAAAGUAUUUCUUACAACAAUGUGGAAAUACUUCAUUAGGUGUGUGAGAUUCCCUCAAACACCUGAUAUUUUGUAAAUAUAAUUAUUUAAUAGAUGUGUGAGUUAAUUGGUAUGGAUUCACUUAAACACCGGAUAUUCUGUAAAUAAAAUACAGUUGUAGUUGUAAAGAUGAAUGUCGUUUUAGAAUGUAUCACGGUGCUGGUAAUGAUUUAAUUGUAAUAGACAACAGACAUGAUGGUGAUAUUACUUCUAUCACCACCCAGCAAACACAAAACGUUUUGGUAACAUUCGUAAAUGGUUCUAAUAUGGUUGCGGUCAGAAUGUUUUUUAAGCACGUUCUCCAAACGUUCGAAAAGGGUUCAGAGAUAGACUGUACUUUUUUAUAAACGUUCCAGAAACAUCGCCAGAAUGUUAUCUUUUGACGUUUUAAUUUUACUUUCAUUCAACAAUGACCGAACGUUAUUUUGAAUGUUUUUAUAAUGUUUCAUCGGCAAACAUUGCAUUAAAACAUUAGAUUAAUGUUUCAACUCCGUUUUUUAUGACGUUAUAUCGCUGAUACUGUGAGACGUUACUAAACACUAAUUAAUAUCGUUCUAGUGAUGUUUACUUAAGAAACGUUCACAUUAGUUGUUCCAAGAACGUCAACUGAACCACCUAAAUCACCGUUAUUUCCCAACCCUCGUCAGACAACCUGUAAACGUCAGUAAAUUAUGUUCUUCUUACGUAACUAUUGUAGCGUUUUACCUUAUGAUUCUUUGAACUUUAGUAAUAUACUGAGCGCCAUGGAAAACGCAUCACUUAGUUUUUCGUAUAACAAAAUGAUCCUGUAAACAUAUCUUAUUUAUUUUGCUUCUUAUUGUGAACAAUAUUCAAAUGGGAACACAUCAAUAACAACACAUUUGUACACUUAUGGAUGUUUAAUUUGUAAUCAACAGUACAAAGUUAGAGGGGUCAAAACCAAAAGUACGACACAGACGUCAGUAGCGCGUGUGUCCUCCACGGGCUCUUACGCACGCUGUGCAGCGACGUCGCAUGGAAUUUACCAAUGUUUGAAAGAAGGCCUGGGGCAAAUUGUUCCAUUCUUGGACAAGAGCAGCUUCUAAAGCAGCAAUGGUGUGCAUCUGUGGUCUCCGAUACAGACGGCGUCAAAUCCCAUCUCAGACAUGUUCUAUCGGUGCCAUGUUCGGAGACAUGGCUGGCCAGUCCAAGACAUUAAUGUUGUUAGAAGUCAGGUAGUCCAUACUAAAACGGGCGGUAUGCGGACGUGCAUUAUCCUGUUGGAAGUGCUGAAGUUGUGGGUGCGCUAGAAACAUCGGUACAACAAUUGGUUGCAAGACAUCAUCACGGUAGGCUACAGCAUUAACGCUACUCCUGCAAAUGUGUAGGGCGGUCCGGUGAUGAAAUGUGAAGCCUCCCCACACCAUUACACUUCCCCCACCCCAUCUGUUCGUUUCGAAGACGCAGCACUCUGCAAGACGUUCCCCAAGACGUCUCCACACACGUUGACGGCCAUCAGCGUGAUAAAGAUGAAAGCGACUCUCAUCACUCUCAUCAUUAAAGAGUACACUUUGCCAGUCUACUCUUCUCCAUGUCUGGUGUCCUCGAGCCCAUAUCAAACGCCACUGACGGUGAUGAUCCCUGAGGAUAGCUCCAACGUAAGGUCGUCGUGCACGGAGUCCUACUUCUCUUAGACGACGUCUUACGGUGUUGGCACAUACUGGUCCUUGUCUUCCGACGACUGCUGCACCUGUUCGAGUCGCUGGGCGGAAUCUGUCACGCAGAUGUGUGACCCGGAUGUAGCGGUCUUGAGCCCGGGUUGUAACGCGUUGUGGACCAGGACGUUGACGGUCACGUGUUGAUCCAGUAACUCGAACACGUUCCACCAACCUUACAAUAGUGGACUGAUGACAAUUGAAGUGUCUGGCAAUAGCACGUGUAGAAAUGCCAGCCCUGGACAUUUCCAUGGCUUCAUUCCGUUGAUUUUCAGUACGUCUCGGCAUGUCUAGCUCGAUUCCUUCACACGUCCAACAACAAAUUACGACAGAUUCACGUUUCACAGUUCAUGUACUGCACAUUAAGUUGAAAACAUGCUUUUAAAGGGCUCACACACAAUGCUGCACGUGAAUAUUGGGUUUUUCAUGUGCAUCUCGUGCAAUUUUUUUUUUGUGCACACGGCCCGAUUUUUUUUUGGGUUUGGGAGCAUUGUGGGAAACAAUAGUUCAUAGUAUUACAUUAUAUUAUACAUACAAAACCACCUAGUAAUAAAAUAUUUGGGAAAAAAAGUGAUGCGUUUUCCAUGGCGCUCAGUAUAUAUUUGUUUGUGACGUUAUAUUGAUUUCAGUUUUUAAAACAUUCUGUUUUCCUAAUUUAAAAACGUUAAAAUUAAACGAAAA